CAAAUCAUAAAUCUGUUGGAUGACAAUGGUGCCUUUUCUGGGUCAGAUUAUGACCCGACCGCGUUUUGUCAGUUGCCUUAUUUGGUAAGGGAUCUUUGUUUUCAACAUGUUUUUUACCCUUAGGUUUAAUCUUAAUAAAAAAUUUACAAUUUUACGCUUUUUUCACUUUUCAAACUCUUCAACGAUGUCUAAAUCAAAAGACUGUCUCUUGUUUUCCCGCUAAAAAGUAAAAUUUGUCGAAACAUCAGUCACAGUACACUACAUUCAGGACUACAUUCACUCCCGGAAGAUCAAUCAUACUUUCCCUGCUUAUGAAAUAACUUCAGAAUUCAACUAAUUACAGGCUCAAGCAAGGUAUAACCUUAUUAGCAGAGUUUUGGAAUUUCUCCGCACAGCUCCAACCAACACUCAAGCUUACACCAUGGGUUUAAGAAAUGUGUCAAGACAUAUGAUAACAGGUGUUAGGUGAGUUUAAAAAGCAAUAAGCUGACGAGAGAUGUAGUGCAAUGUUGUGAGGAAAAUAGAUGACUAAUUGCGGACCUCGACGCGCGCUGGAGCCGAACCUCAUGGCUACGAAAAUUUGGUCAUCUUUCCAUCCGAGAAAUUUUGGUAGUCACGUGACCGUACGUCCGUCCGACCGACCAGGUAAACCAAUGCGAAAUCUCACCUUUUCUGGCUGGUGAGUUCAGGUGAUAGCUGUCAAAACAGGGUAUUUAUUGUUUGAAGUAAAUUAUAGCGGAGCACCAUGGGUAAGAAAAUUUGGUAAACUAUCCAUCCCAGAAAAUUUGGUUAUGACGUAGCGUACGUCCGUCCGCACGGACUUUCCGGGUAGUGGAAAGUAGUCCGCAUGGACUCUUGGGGUAGGGGAAAGUAGAGAUUUUUUUGGCGGGAAAUCGCAUGGAGCAACGUCGCGCAAUUAUAUCGCGCAACUGGUUUUGAAAAAAAGAAAGCAAGUAGAAAGAGUCAGAGCGAGAAGAAGGAGAGAAAAUUAUAGUGAAAAACGCCGGCAAGUAGAACGAGACAGAGCUAGAAUGAACAGACAAAGGCAACGCGAAAGAGAAAUACAAAGGCAAAGAGAAAGGCAGCAAAAUAAUGACAUGAUGACAGAAAGUGUUGUGUUAAUGUCACUAUGGCCCCGCGCUAUUAACAUUUUGAUUUCAAACUGAUCUCGGACUCGAAAAUUCAGCCAGUCAUUUAAAAAUACAAGCAGGGAAGACAGAGGCUUUUUACUUUUCUCACCAUAGACACGCGUUGAUCACGCUCUACGACAGUCCAAUUUUUAUGCUCUGUUUGGUCAAAAUUUGACAGGUGAGCCAGUUCAUUCAGAAAAUUUAUACAGCAUCUUGAACCUAGUUUACUUUCAGUUUGACAGCUGAGGCUGACAGAGUAUUUUGUCAACUUGUGAUGUUUUUUACUGUCUUUUUCCACUGGAUGCUUAAAAUGAAAUACAGCUGCUAUCAACAGUCUUCUUUGAUUCAUGGCUGGUUUGUUUAUUGAAUUUUUGGUCGGGAAAUGCGCCGGUUGCCAAAGUUGGAAAUCCGAUUUCGGAUGCAUCGCUUUCGUUUUUACCUUGCUGGAUGCGGGUUGAAAAGUUCCUCAAGCGAUUCUGGUCUUACUUUAUAGCUUUCAAGAGCUACAUCUCGAAUGGUAAGCCUAAGUAAUUAUUGUAUACAGUGUAUGUUUGUUUUUUUAUAUCUAAUUUCAUGAAGUCAAGCGCAGUUUAUGAGGCUAAUUUAUGCACGUUUGUGUUAAGAUCUGAGACAAUGAUCUGAUCUAGUAUAUAUAAGCUUACAGAACUUUAAAAAGCCUUUAGUCGAUAUUUUCUCUCCGCAUAUAGAACGAAAAAACUUUCCGAAGAGUAUUUAGUUAUAAUUUUGGCUGUAGAAAGAAAGCUUUGAGCGGUUUUCUUGCCUCGAGUUCAUCUUUGAAAACAGUAAACACCAGGAAGCCGGCUAAAAGCUUUAAGCUUAAGCUUAAAGACUCAGUUUUUAGAGACGCUUUUAUACUUGUCUUCGUGAAUGAAAAUUGUUGUCUCUGUAAAUGUUUCACCGAAUUACAUUUCUUUUAUUGAUUGUUAGUAGUCUCUUACAAUUUUAAUCGCUUUGCAGUUUGUUUUCAGUCGUUCAUAAACAACGCUUGCAGGAGUACUCAAAAUGCUGCUCGUAUCAAACGCUUUUUAAGAUUGCACAUCGUUAUAAAACCAUUUAAUAAAAAAAAUAAACACAAUAAAUUCUUUAUUAUGUUGAAGCGUAACUCGUUUAAUGUUCACUGAAAAUUUGGCGCUUGUCAAAAGUGAGAAACGGCUGGCCGUAUAAAUGAUUUUGGAAAUUUUUUGAACGGUUUUGCUAAAAGCCCACGAGUGCUUCGUACGGUUCUGAAUAUUGAAUGAGUGCAAUUUGUCUUGAAAAAUUGUGAAAUACUGCAUUUUGUCUGAGGUCUAUAUGAUAAAAAUAACGCCUCAUAUCACUGUUUUAGAUGUGAUGUAUAAAAAGUAUGAAAUGUUGGUUUACACGCUCCCAGAGUUGUUGGCAAGUUUUUGUUAAGUAAACUUGUCGAACGCCAAAAAUUCAGCCUGAUUUGUUUUCCAAAAAUUCGUUUUCCAGGCCUAAUCUACUGUGAUCAAGAGCCAUUAUGGCUCUAAAAUGUGAUCGAAGAUGAUUGCUAUUUUUUGGGUGUAUAUAUACGGCUAUCAAUUCGAUGUAAGAUUUUUUUUUUCACUCUAAAAUCACUUAGCCUUAGCUUUCCCUUAAAGUUAACUGAUUUAUGGAUUACAAGUUUAUUGUUUGAUUUAAAUUAUAAAUUUAUUAAUGGGAGCUUCGCUUUUAGCCCUGGCUAAAUCUAUAUAUUAAAUCUAUUAACCGGAGCUUCGCCUUUUGUCUUGGCUAAAUCUAUUUAGUAUAAUUACAUUGAUGAUUAUCGAAAAUAGAGCGCUAUGAUUGGCUAGGAGCUUCGCUUUAUCCCGCUAUAAUCACACGCGCGGUGAUUAUAGCAUUGAAGGCUAGCAGUUUUCAAAAUGGCAGCCAGAUUUUUUGAUGUUUCAGAGUCGGAAAUUGAUCAAUAAUUUUAUUUUCUCGAAUAAUCAUCAAUGUAAUUAUACUAAAACAAUUAGUCGCCUCGGACGACGUGAAUAUCGGCGAAUAGUCACCUCGACUUCGUCUCGGUGACUAUUCGCCGAUAUUCACGUCGCCUUCGGCGACUAAUUGUUAAAUAUUAUCGUAUCCAAGGAAUAUUCAAUGCCCCUGCACCUGCGCGACACACCUUAGCAGAAGCAAGACAGGUCGCCAUCCACUCUUUCAUCACGCGCUAUAGGCUAUCGAUUUGAGAUUUAGAAUUUUAAUACAUAAGAAAAUUGUCUCGAUUAGAAGUUAUUUACCUGGCCCCGGUUGCUGGUGAUAGUGCUAUCCACCGGAUAAAUCACUAUUCAACGGGUAAGUAUUAGGGAAAUAAAUUGCGUGGUAGGUAAAUAUAGAUUUAUCUACUGGAUAUUGUUGGCCAUGUCUUGAACAAGGGCCUGACUUUAAUAUGUUUUUAUUUGUGAUUCCUCCACAACUGAUUGAAGAUUACAGGCGGACGUUUUGGCAUUGCAGGCUACAGUCAUGGUGACAAAAAUGAUAGGUGUAGAAUUCAGUCGUUAUGUACUGUCUGCAAAUAAUUUUGAGUCUAUUGUCGCGUCUUAAGUUGUGGGAUUCUAGCCCAAACAGAAUCGUGCAAAAAAAAACAAACAAUAAUGCUCGCUCUUGUUACGUAGGUAUAAUAAUGGCAAUUAAAAAUAUCAUUAGAAAUGUAAACUUUAAUCGAAAAUGAAAACUUUAACAUUUUUGAAGCCGGAUAUUUUGCUACCCGGAUUCGUGUAGACAGGGUCCUGAAUCACUCUGGAGUGCGGUUUCAAAAAUAUGCGGUUUCGGUGAGUGGAUUCACUGUUUUCGUUUGGACGAAAGGUCGAUUCAUGUAAAAAAAAGUACAGCUGUACAGUAUGUGGUUUCAAAAAUGUCCGGAUUCGUAUGGACAUCGCCAAAAUCAAACAAUUGCCUUGUUCAAGAUCUUUAGAAUAACUUGUCAGAAAUCGUCAAUUGGUGGUUGUCACACCGUAACAUCGUAGUCGGAGAAUUGAUACCACCUCUUAAUGUCCAGUUGGCGUCAUGACAUGACAAUUAAUCUAUAGAUUUAGCCAGGGCUAAAAGCCAAGCUCUCGAUGAUAUUUAUAGUUUGUUCAAACAACGCCGGAGAACGGUGAAAAAACAACAGUAGGUCUAAUUAGCAAAAAGCAACUUUGCACGUGCAGCACACUUUUUUCUGUACAUUUCUUUGCCGUUGUUUUGCACGACUGCAACGUGAAACCUCCAGAAACUUUUUUCUGGAGGAAAUGUCGUACGUGUUCUCGUUCACUUUUUUUUCACUGCCGCUCAUUUUCUCCUUGCAUUAGUGGCCGCUAGCAUUUCUCAUUUUGUCACCGCCGCUACAAAAUUUUCAUGUUUUUCUUCCAACAAAAAAAUAUGUCUCCUUUGUUUUUUUAUCUCUCGCUCUAGAUCUCUGUCGCCCUUAUUCUCGUUGCGUUUCGCUGGCCUGCCGCCCGUCCGAUUUCGUCUUUAUUGACUCUUUAGCUGCGUCUGCCUUACAAGACGCGGGUGGCUAUGCGAUUUCCCGCCAAAAUAACCUCCAGUUGCAUUUGAGUUGCCAUACCUGUUGAUUGGGUUAUUUAACAUUGGUAUGCCUGUGGUGCAGACGGACGGUCAGGCGUACGGUCACGUGAUUACCAAAUUUUCUCGGAGGGUAGAUUACCACAUUUUCGUACCCGUGGUGCUCCGCUGCGUGCGCUUCGCGCGCGUGAGCUCCACUUGAAAUUGGUCAACUGAAUACUCUAUUAUUGAAGUAAAUUUUCUGGGUCAGUAGAGAGGAAAAUAAGUAUAAAAAAAUAAAUAAAUAAACAGAAAGACAAAACAAACAAAACAAAAAAGAAAGAAAGAAAGAAAAAAGGACCCCUGUCAUUUUCAUAUCGGUGUUCCUCUGUGCACAAUCGAAUAGAAAAUAACUUACUCCUCACUCGUGGAUUUUGAAACAGUUAUCAUUUUACGUCACUUACCUGCAAGAAUGAACAUGGGGCAAAAACUUGUUAAUAAUACGCAAGGAAUCGUAAGUUAAUGAACCAUUAUACACUCAGUAAUUAGUUAGCAUGCACAUCGGUUUGAUUCAAAAGUCUUUGUGACGUGAUGCGGAAAAAUUGGAGCUACCGAUAUUCUUUUUAUAUCAAUCCUACGUUUUUUGUUGUAUUUUCAUAUACAGGUUUUCUACUGAUUUGCUAAAUUUUGGAGACGGAAGCAUCCGCCCCUCAAAAGUAUUUAUUAAAAGAACAGAGCUCAUUAUGCAGUUAAAUAGUGCGCCAUUGAUUACACGUGAAGCUAUUAAAGGUCCUUCUGCAAGGUCUUUAAACCCGACGCCAACUGUCUUUAACUUUUCGACUGAGAUCUCUCAAAAGUACAACACUACAAGUAAGGAGGUAAUGCUGAAUAAUCAGAAAGACUUUAAAGGUUGGAAUGAGUCAUUACUGCAUCAUUUCUAAUUUAUAGAUUUAGGGCCUGUUUACAUGGAGGUGGGGGACCUCGGGUAGGUGAGGUAACCCGCUUAGGUGGGGUAACCCGCCUGUCCAUAUAAUCUCUCAUUUUAAUUUGAUCACGUUUACAUGAUAGGUUUGGUGACCCACCGAGGUGGGUAGUCCGGUCUGCCAGACCGGGUUAUCCCCUCAUUACUAAUCACUGAAGCACACGUACCAACACCGCGUGCAUGUGCACAACCAUAUCACCCAGGCAGUGGCAGCCACGGACAGCGAUUUCGCCAUCGUUGGGGCUCAUCAGCAUGGUUUAGCUGUCGUGUCACACUUUAGACCCUUCACUGCCGAGUCGAGUGCAAAGCACUUCAUUAAGCGCCUGCUCCACAAUAAACAAGUGGUAUCUGUUGGUUGAGAACCUCAAAACGGUUCUCCCACGGCAUGCGUAUGGAGGUAGGAUGAGAAAAUUGACUCGUGUGCUAGAAAGUCUUUGAUACGCGGGUUUUUCCCCCGCCCAUUGACCCGACGGCCAAACCAUGCUGAUGAGCUCCGGUAAGGGCGAAACAGCUGUCCAUGGCUGCCACUGCCGGGGUGAUAUGGUUGUGCGCAUGCCUAAGGUACUGGCCAUAACGCGGAGUUGGUACGUGUGCUUGAGUGCAUAAUUUGGUUGUUAUUCUCUCAGUCGGGGUCAAUUUUGCCAUGUAAACGAUUCAAGGUGGGCUAACCCGCCUAGCCGCGGUCGGAUUUGUGAUACAUCAAAUUCGUGCAAAAUUCACUUUGGCAGUGGUUUUGCAUCAUUAAAGGUAACAAAAGAAAGCCACAACUAGACAUCACCCAAGCUAAUUGCUAUGAAACAGCAAUUACGUUUGACCUGAGGAGAAAGCAACUUUUAAUCUUAGGAACCUGGUGGUGCUUGGAUAAUCUGUGGUGAUUUUUCGUGGUUCGUUGGAUUUUUCGGUGCCAUUUUGAAUUACGUCAUUUGUGUACGGCAUGAGCAUCACCAUAACACCUAGGUUCCAUCAAGGUGAAACCAGGUUUUGGUCGAAAGCACGGACUCGUUUUAGUUCGGCGAGCAUGGAGCUACUUUUCGAAGUACUUAGAAGGCGAUUCAGCCCUUCCUUUCUCGUUGUUUAACUGUAUUGUUAGGUAAAGCUCGGUGUUAUACUGGUCAAAUCUAGCUGAAACCUCACAGAAAUACAAGAUAAACACCUGGUAACAUUUGUGCCGUCCCUGUUUUAUUGACGAAUUUCCUCUCAAGUUUAAGCAUUUACUACGUCGGCGUUAACAAAACCAGGAAAAAGUUACCACAGCAGUAUUGUUUAAAAAUGUCAAUUGGUUAUUUGUUUUAUUGACAUCGGAGUUACCGUGGCAACGUAAUGACGCUAUUACGAUUUUUUUCUUGCCUUUGUUUUUGUUGUUACCAGAAAUCAUUUUUCAGAAAUCGCUUAAGUGACCUUAUACCUCUCUUCGCUGCCUCGAUUAGGGCAAGGUUGAACAAUGCUCAAACUUGGGAGUUAUCCUCCCUAAAAAAUCCAGUCUUGCCUCCUAAAGCGUUUCAUUACCGUUAUUUCGAAAGUCGUACGUUGCUAAUGUUUGAAACAUGAACCCAAGGGCCCACGUUUAUAGCUCUUCGCUCUGACGAGAUCUAUACGUCAUUAUAUGUUCUUAUAUGAAUGAGAUAUACUUCAUCAUAAACUGUAUUUGGGGUAUGUAGUUUUAAUUUCCUGUAUUGUUUGUUAUUUCAUACCGGUAUUAGUUAUCGUACUAAAAUCUAAUUUGCAAUGUCACUAUUAUUAUAGCCAACAGAGUUCUCUGUUGAAGAAAUAAAAGCUAUCCUCGCGGCCAACAACUGCUCUCAUUUCGAUUAUGACCAGGUAAUGUUUUCCAAGCCGAUCACAAACGAAAUCUAUUUUCUUAAUAUCACCAUAAAUAAGGCCCAAUGCUCUGCUACGCUUUAUCGGGAAUAAUUGUCUUUGGCCUUUGUGAAGUCUAGGGGGGGGUGGAUGGGGUGUGUAUUGGAACGUUUUGCUUUCACUUUUUGAUAUACAUCAUCGAUUUUUUCAUUGACGAAAAAAAAAAAAAGAUUUUAAAAUUUCUUGGCCAAGACAAGGGGCAGACUCUUGAAGAGUUAGGGCCAAUUAACGCAGCUCAAGAGAGGAUAAAGGGGACAGAGAAGGCAUCCCCCAUACACACCCUAUUCCAUAGGUAAUUUGUCUCGAGUUAUUUUUAGAAUUGGGAUAAAGUUACCUCGCGCGCUGCGUGGAUGUUUCGUGGAAGUUUCGCAUGACUAAACGCCGUGCAAAACAUGUCGGGCGAAAGGGAAUGAAAGCGUAAAGAGAUCGAAAGCAUUCCUGGAUAUUGACGCGAAAUGAGUCGGCCCUCACCUGGGAAAAGGGAAUCGCUAGACUCUUUGACAACCCGUGAAAUCAGUUUAACUCAAAGUUGUCGUAACCUUAGUGCUUUACUACAAUGAGAAAUUUCGCCGGUCUAUUGAAACCGGUCGUUUUUACAAUAAAGCAAGUAGGACGCCAAGUGUUAUUUUUGUUGAAUAAUAAAAGACUAAUAAAAGAAUAAAUAUCAAACCAGAAAUUGCUCUCUUCAAACUGUAAAUUAUGAAUGAUCCUGAGAGAAUAUUCAGUGUGUUAAGGAUUUCCCUGCUGUACUGUUAGCUCUAUACAAGAGAGGAAGGGCAAUCUUUUUUAAUUUCCGUUUCGCUGACACAGCUUUAGCAGAAAUCUCUCCGUAGUCGUUUUUGUCGGAAAAACGAAUAGCAAUAUCACUCUAAGUCUUCGCCAUUUUGUUCUGCGUCAAUUCGUGAAGGAUCCGUGGCUCUGAGCGUGGGUCAUCCGCGCGGAACACAUUCGCGCAAUGUGAUUGGCUCUUGCCUAAUCCCCCUUGAGAUCUGUGGUCUUAAAAAUAACUCGAGACGAAUUACCUAUGGAAUAGGGUGUGUAUGGGGGAUGCCUUCUCUGUCCCCUUUAUCCUCUCUUCCGCAGCUAUAAUGUAGCUGCAACAUUUUUCAGAUACUUUGUUUCCCCCAUGAAAAACUGAAGGGUUCUGGUAGUUGUAGUACAAUGAAGUCAUCAUUUAUUGUUGUUUUUCAGGAAAAAGACGCCUUUAAAGUACAAAUACCUGCUGCCACUAACAAACACUACCAAGUCCAAAGGGACUUAGAGUUGGUCCUUCUUGGAGUAUCUGUUGUUGCAGUGAUCCUGUCUCUCAUAAUACUUACCAUGAUAAGGUAAAUUAACGGACUUAAAUUGAAAAAUGCUUUUCAAGUGUGUUACGUAUUGUGACCUUCACUAAGCUUACUUUGCCCUUGACAGUUUUGAACUAUUAUCCUUACGAAUAUGAUUCUUAAAAAUAAGCAACCUUCGAUAGUCAACGAAUACGGUCGCUUUUCACCACCGCUAAAAGGACGCAAGAGAGACGUCCAUGCCUGCUGGAAGAAUCCGUGGAAAGCACUGUGCAAAACAUAGGGCUACUUACCAUUUUAUUUUAUUAAUUCUAUAGGGUUAAAAGCACUGAGAAAAUUUUCGUUCACAAGAAUCUUCUCUUUUCUCUUGGACUUGGUAACCUCGUGUAUAUUUUGGAUAUCGCCUCAUUUUCUACACGGAUGGAUCAUAUUGUAAGCUGUCUCGAGGAUUUAUGGUUUAUCACAGUUCCUAAAGUUUACAUGCUAUGCGUUAGAUUCGUUAUCCCCUUUUCAUCUUAUCAAUAAUGUAAUACAUAGUCAAAACUCUUCACAACGGCAUUCUUGUCCAUUGGAGACUAAUUAGAUCUCUGCAGCUCGCAGUUAUGCAGGUUUUGUGAAAUGCAACGAGAGAUGGGAAGAGAAAGUUAGCUGGAAAGUCAGUUUAAGGUGAUUGUCUCUUAUAGCCUUAUAAGAUCUUAUGAUUCACAGCUAGAAUAUAUGCAAAAUUUUAAGGGUUUGUAUGCAGGCCUCCGUUGACAUGUUCAGUAUUUUCCUUAUUAUUGAAACAAUCACAAAAUCACACUGUUGGGAGUAAAAACCUAAAAUAUUUUGGAGGUCCACAAAUUUGUUUAAUGCUCUAUCAAUUUCGGGUAUUUUACGCUGGCAUCCCAACAUUUUUGGAUCAGAUAAUGAUUCUUGAUCCCGAGCUGCUAAGGUCCUGUUCGCGGUUCAAUUGUUUGAGUUGGCAGACACCUUCGAUAAAUUAGCAAAGCGUGUAUAACCCUAUAUUGGCACCAGGUCAUACAUGUUGUAAUGAGUCUAAAAAAACAGAAUAGAAAACAAUAACAAUGACGAAUUUAUUUCUUGUGUUGCUGUCAUUUGUUGUGAAGUAUUUUGAAAGUUAUUUUUAAGACGGAUCUAUCUUAUCUUUUAAGUUUAGUUUUUGUUUCAUUAAGUCUUGUUUUUGUCCACGUAUACUGUUUUCCUGUUUUGAUCUUUUGUUUUUGCGUAGGCCAAUCUAUUCCCUAACAAUAGCAAACCUGUUGCAAUGUUAGCGAUAACAUGUACAAUAGAAACUCUUCCGGUCUGCUAACCAAAACAUGUCCAGCUUUGGCUAUUAAAAAAUGCUACUAUACUUGAACUAGGAGGAGACGUAGAGUAGAAGUAGAGAAGUUGUUUAAACUGAGAAAGUUGCUGAGUAAGUAGAAGUUGUAAGAAGAAUAAAGGCAAGAUGUAAGUCAGAUUCCUGGUACCUCAUCGUGUAGUGAGCGAGUUGCUCGAACACACCCCCACACAUUUUAACUCAUGAUGCUUAUAAAAAAAUAUUUUUUGUAUAUGAAUAUGAAGCCUACAAAUCAGAUACUGGAAUUUACAUUUUUUACGCCAAACUUAUCGUGGGUGAUAUUAGCCUUUUCACAUGACGUCACGUUCGUCAUGAACAAUCAAACGGCGGUCAUGUUGGUGUCCCUACCAUUCCUGUGAGAAAAAAACUCUUCACAUGUGACUUCUCUCUUGUGUUGCAAUAAACUGGGUGACUUGCUUAGCUGCUGGCCACGUAAGUGAAAACGUUCUAUUUACAUUACCAGGUCAGGAAUUUAAACAAUAUUGACUCCAUAUUGAAAUUUCGAUCAAUAUUAAGUAAUGCAUAUCUCUUUGAGUUGCGACUAAAUGAAUGUGUAUUACUCGGUCCAAUCGUCUCGCGAAAAAAAAUCAUUUAAUAAUUCAAUAAUAAUUUAAUUUAAGUGGUGAAAAAAGAAUAACUUGAAAGGAUCUUUUCUAUUUUAGGUCCUUUGUUGCUUGGUUACGGUGAUUCAGCACUAUCUUCACACAUCUCUGUUUACUUGGAUGCUGGUGGAAGGAAUCAAUCUUUACAUAAAGCUGGUCAAAGUCUUCCCAGUCAGCAAACCGUAUCUAUCUUACCUGAUGAUGGGAUGGGGUUUGUAUCUUUAUAUUUCUACGAUUAGACCACUGAUUGCAGAUUUUUUUCAUGAAGAUUUCACAAAUAGAAACAUUUAUUGCAGGAUGUUUUUCCCUAGUUAUCCAAAUAUAGAUUUUUAGAAAUAUAAUUUGUAAAAUGUUGCCAGAAAAAAAAAUUGAAUAAAUAAGAACAAGAAUAAGAAUAAUAAUUACUAAUUAUAAAGGUUUAAAAGAGUUGGUGAGUAUCUUAAAAGGCUGAUAACAACAGAACUAAAAGUAGAUAUUCAAAAGAUUCUGUUUCACGCUUAAUAGAUGUAAGCAAGGCUAAUUAUUAUUACGUCAGUCUGAAUGAAGACAGAUAAAUCAAGGCAAAAACUAUCUAAACUUGUUUGAAAAGGGAAGUUGUGUUAGUGGCCAUUAAAAUAAAUCACUUUUGGGCUUUUCCGGUUUUUUUUUUUCAAUUUGUAAAGAAAUCAUAAUGCCAUACACUCGAAGUGGCUCUACAGGGGAAAGCCUUUAUCAUACACAGAUUUAAUUCUUUUCAAAAAUACCGUAGUUCAUAAAAAAACUCCACCUCUAUAAUAGAUGCCCUUUCCCUUGUGAAGACACAUUGCUCUUGGUGUAUUUGAGGGGAGUACACACCUUCAGUGUAUAUUCAACAGAAAAUGGUUUUGUUGUCAUAAUUUUAGGAAUACCAGCAGUCAUCGUUGGCUUGGUGGCUGCUAUUCGUCCUUCUUCUUAUGACAUGGGGAAAAGUUUGUAUAAGAACAUUACAUGCGGCUCAUUGAAUUUUGCCGCGAAGAUCGAAAGAACCAGGUAAACUGACAUUCUAUUAACAACCUUACUGUUACUGUAGUUAAAUACCAUUAUAGUAGUUAAUCAUCACCGUCAUGAAUUAUUAUCGACAACUACAACUCUAACACGAUAUGAUCGUUAUCAUCGCGAGCAUCACCAUUUUAAAGGUUAUUAGUUCGCUUUAUUCUUGUGUUUACAGAUGCUGGAUAAACGGCAGUCAGUGGAUUUACAAAGGUCCAGUUUUAGCAAUUCUCCUGGUGAGCACCAAUGAUUUCAUACCUAUAACAUUCACGCAGCCUUUACCUAAGUUUGACGGACAUGUACAGGAAUUAAACAAACCGUCAAACGUUUCUUUGAAAGGGUAUAAAUUUACUGAAAUUUGCAUGAAAGGCUGAGAAUUAAACUCGUGGCCCUUUAGUAGUACGGAAACACAUUGUAGUUCAAACUGGAAUUUGAAGGUGUGGGUUUUGGAGGACAGGAGAAAUUCGAAGUACCCGGCGGGAAAUCUCUCGAGGAAAACAAAAAAACAACAACAAACUUAACCCUCGUAUUUUGUUAACCGGGACUUAAAACCAGGCCUCUUUAAUUUGGUGGAAGGCGGGGGACUCGUACAACUACACCAGCCCUAGCACUCCUCCUUUUUGGGCCAUGAAGUUUCCACUUACCACAUAUGCUGCAUAUUCAGAGGUAGAUUGCCUAGACUGAGACAGAAUUCAAAUAAAAUUACGAAACCAGCUUUGGGCUAGAGGCCCGCCUACCACUUCAAUAUGUAGUAUAAGACAAUGGAACUUAGAGUUUAAAAUUUUUACUUCUCGAAGAUAACAUGGAUGA